CGAAGAAGCCCGCUAGUCGUAAUGCCACCAAAGUGGGUGUGCACACUUCCUAAGUAUAAGUAUGGAAACAACCUCGUCUCGUCCUAACGGAUUUCUACUACAGAGGAGACAGAGAUGAGCGCUCACAUUAUGAGACCACAGCCAGCAAUGCAAUUAUAUGUGCUCUUCACCAUUUCCUUCUCCUGGGCGUUCCACGAGGUCCCACCGCCCAAGUACCAGCACCACGACCCCUUGACCUCUGAACUCCUUCUGUGUGACCAGUGUCCGCCCGGCACGGCCAUCCUGACCCACUGUACCGCCGACACCCCCACCGCCUGCUCGCCGUGCCCCGACCGCUCCUUCUCAGAACACUGGCACUGGGGCGACAGCUGCCAGUACUGCACGACGGUCUGCAAGGAGAGGCAGCUGGUGAGGCAGGAGUGUAACAGCACCCACGACCAGCUGUGUGAGUGUGUACCAGGCUACCACCUGGUGGUGGAGUUCUGCAUCAAACACACCCCCUGUCAACCUGGCUACGGCGUUUCGGCUCUAGGUACACCAGAGGUUGACACAGUGUGUGAGGCGUGUUCGCAGGGCCUGUUCUCCAGCCGGGUGUCUGCCAGCGAGCCGUGUGUGUCCCACAGGAACUGCUCUGAGCUGGGCUUGAAGACCCUCCGACCGGGCACCACCACCCAGGACACACUGUGUGAGAACGAGGCUAAAGGAUCUGUCCUGGAGUGCUCCCAUCCCCACACGCAGUGUCACACUGACGUGUCGCUGUGUGAGGAGGCCAUCUUCCAGUCUCUGGCGUCCCUCCGUCUGUCCUCCAUCCCCCUGGAGCGUCUCCUGGAGAGCCUGCCUGGGAAGAGGGUUGACAGGAAGAGUCUGGAGAGGCUGAAAAAGGUCUGCUCCCCCCAUCAGCAGAUACUACUCCUGUUGAGACUCUGGAGAGAACAGAACAAAGAUCAGGUUAAACUCUACGGCGUCAUUCAAGGUGUGAACAACUGUGAGCGGAAGGUGUCCAGAUGUGCGGGUUUGAAGAACCUGACCAUGGGUGACCUCCUGACGGUGAUGGACAGUCUCCCAGGGGUCCGGGCUGACGAGGAGGACGUCAGGGCCGUGGUCUCCUCAUGCCGCUCCCAGCAGUACCUCCUGCAGCUCCUACACCUUUGGAAGAACCAGAACAAGGACCUGGACAUCAACAAGGGUCUGGCCCACAGCCUGAGCAGGCUCCGGCAGCAGGGGGCACCACGCCCGCUCCUCAGGAGCAUCAAGAAGAUCAACCGGAUCAUCUCCACCUCCUCCGUACACAAGAUGUACGAGAAGAUGUUCCUCAACAUGAUCGAGGACGGGACCUGCUUCAAGACCGAACCCUACAACCAAUAGGAAGAGUGGGACGGGGCUAAGGGACGCUGAUCUGGGAUUCAAACACUUGAAAAAUCUAGCAUUUGUUUGAGUCUGCCUGGAGUGCAAGAUGGGCAGGGUUUGACGUUUUGAGACAUUUCUAUUGGUUUAUUAAUCCAGGCAAACUCAAACAGGGUCAGAUAAAGGAUUUAAAUUUAAUGUUUAAAGUAUUUGCAACCCAGGUCUGAUGGGGUGGAUCCUAACGUCCACUUACGUUGAAUUUUCACCUGGUCUCCCGUUGAUAUCAAUGCAUGACUAAGUGAAAAUUCAAUUUAAGUGGAAAUGAUGAUUAGUCCUAACUGUGUGAAAAGCAGGGUUGCGGUCAAUUUAGUUGAAAUUCAAUUCAUUAGGAUUUUAUUUUCUGUUCGUGAAUUGAAUUUGAAUUAACUCGCUGAAUUGACUGAAUUUAAAAUGGAAUUGAUCCCAACCCUGGCGAAAAAAGAGAAAACUAUUUAAAAGUUGUGUAUAAGUCCACUAUUUUUAAGGAGAGGUAGAAGGGGGGGGGGAGAGGGUCGUCUUGCUUUUUCACUGUUUUAAAAAGAGGAGAUUUAUUUCAUAAUGAAAUGUUUCCUCGUGUGUGUGCGUUCCAAAUGGCACACUACUACUUAUUUAGUGCACUACUUUUGACCAGGGCCCAUUGGGUAGUAGUGCACUAUUUAGGGAAUAGGGUGCUAUUUGGGACGCCCCCCUGCUGUUCUGUGUGGACUGCUGACAUGCAAAGCUCUAUUGAAACUGUCAAAACAGUUCAAACAUUGUCAGCUUUUAUGAAUGUACAAAGGAGUGCGAUUUGUUUUAUUUAAAUGUAAUUUUUCUUACCAGAUUUGUUUUGUAAAAGUUUGUUGUUUUUUUAUCUCUAUAUUACCAAACUGGAUUCUGAAUGCUGCAGGUUUGAAGUUACAAUGUUGUUUGUCUGAAGCCGAAGGGAUUUUUUGUAAAUCAUUUUUGUAUAAAAAAGGUAUGGAUCUUUAUUUUAGAUUUUUGGUUUGACCGGCCCUUUUUCAAGUCCUAAUAUUUGUGAACAUUAUGUCGAAUUAUCUGAUU